UUGAACCAGGAAAUUGAAUCCCUUCAGGUAGUAGCUGAUACAUAUGUUGUUUUCCCCCCACAUCACUCUCUUCAAGUAUCCGUUUGAUUUACCUUGACAGUUGUGAGAAAGAUGCAGGGGCCUCCUAAUGGGGGCCAAGGGUCAAGUAGUCUGAAUUACCCCGCCUUUCAUGUUGUCUGGAAGUUGUUGUGACCUCUGACCCGUGAAGAGGGAAGGAUGUCUUCAUUUGACCCAGCAGCGUGUUCACGCCCAGCUGGCCACACGUCUCGCUGCCUUUCUGUGGGUACAGAACGUAGGGGUUUUUUUUCUUCUUCUAAUCGAAAGCACGUGCUACAUUGCAUCACAUUUCUCUAAAUCCUUCUGUAAAUAUCAAUGUCAAUGUGUGUAAAUAUUUAUAAAACGGAAAGCUUGUUUUCACGAUCACAUUUCCGUCGUGACACCAACAGUUCAGGCGCAGUGAGAGUCAAAACGGAGAUGGAGAAGUAUCCCUUCAGAACGCAGAACAUACAACAGCACAAAGAUUACACUUUCCAACAAGACCGGUCCAUAAGAAACGCUUGACUUCUGCAUGUCAGUGGGAGUGGAUUUUUGCGACGGUUCAGGUCGGGGUGGUUUUCUUGGUGGGCUUCAUACCAGUAAUAUUAGGUUUGACGUUGGUGACUGGUGACACGAUUCCAUGUUUUUAUUGUCAUUUAAGGCUGAUCCUGGUUCAGUAGCUGAGUGUCAGACCUUUGAAAACUUGGAUGCAAGUGAAAGCAAAGGGGACUGAUUCAAUCUCACGUGCCGACAGAUAAGCUUCAAAUGAAAAUAUUUUUUAAGUGUUUGUCAAACUUAGAGCAGUUUUCAUGAUCCUUUUAUGGUUAGAUGAAUGCGCUUUAUGAUAUAUAGCGAACUGAUCAUGUAGGUGGCGCUGUGCAGGCCUCUUUUUAGUGGAUGAACAUGGUUCUUUCUGAUAGUGAGUUGACGUCUCAGCUGACACAGAGGACCAAAGUGGGACCCCUGUAAGUUCUGGUUAACUGACUGUGUGUUACUAUCUUCAUUUAGAAUCCAUGUAUCAGUGUGGAUCUUAUGCAGAUUAGGGUCCUGAAAACUGAUAGUAGGACAGCAAACACCACAGAAUAAUAAGCUUCAUAACCCAUAAUAUUAAAACUUUAUCGCAGUGUGGCUUUCUUUUGUGGAGCGCAGACCCCUGACGGUGUUUGACCAAAUUUGCGCCUUGAAAGUAGCGUUUCAUGGGGGUUCAAUUUAAAAAGUCCCCUGAACCUCAGGAGCUCAUUGAUCGGUUCAUGGCUGUUGUCACCAAACACAACAUUGGGACCCGCUGUCUUAAAAUCCUAGCUAUAAGCCUGUUGAUCGAUCGUCAAAUUGACUUUCUUUAUUUCAAAGUGUUUACAGGCUUUAAAGUUAUGACUGAAUAACACCAUGAAAUGCUCUCACUGACCCAGUCAAUCUUUUAUCUAUGACACGUUUUGUAGCUCUGUGACUUUGUGUUGGAAAUGUAAAACAUUUAGUGCCGACACUCGUGCGGGAUUACUCACCAAGUUAAGAACUAGAUUCUGCCAUUCGGACCGGACUCAAAAGCACUGAUGCUACUGAGUCAGUUGGCUGAAGCAGAAGGAGGCCAGUUCAACUGUCCAAGCAGAGCCUGCGGUGUUGGGCUCAGCGUAAUGGCUCAGACGCUGCAGAUGGCGAUCCCUAACUUCGGCAACAACGUCCUGGAGUGUCUGAACGAGCAGCGGCUGCAGGGCCUCUACUGCGAUGUCUCCGUGGUGGUCAAGGGACACGCCUUCAAGGCGCACCGCGCCGUGCUGGCCGCCAGCAGCUCGUACUUCCGUGACCUGUUCAACGCCGGAGGGAAGAGCUCGGUGGUGGAGCUGCCGCCGGCCGUUCAGCCUCAGAGCUUCCAGCAGAUCCUGGCCUUCUGCUACACGGGGCGCCUCAGCAUGAACGUGGGGGACCAGUUCCUGCUCAUGUACACGGCAGGGUUCCUGCAGAUACAACAGAUCAUGGAGAAGGGCACUGAGUUUUUCCUGAAGGUCUCCUCUCCGAGCUGUGACUCCCAGGGCCUCCACGCCGAGGAGACGGAACCCCAGAGCCCCAUCACGCAGACGUUAGGCUCGGGUGUCACGACGGCCGCUGUAAGGCCCGCCUCCUGCCUCACGCCGCUUCCCCUGGUGUCAAAAGUGAAGACAGAACAGACGUCAACGCCUCAGCCCACGUCGCAGCCUCAGCAGGAGGGAUAUCCCUACUCUGUGGUCUGCACCCCAGUGGCCAAACGUCUAUGGGAUGGAGGAAACCGUGACGGGGGCGGGGGGACCGCAGGAGGAGGAGGCGGCGGCGGCGGGAUGAGGAAGGCUGCACGCUACUCUUCCUCCUCCUCUUCCUCAUCGUCCUCCGCUAACCAGGAUGCCUCCGCGCGAGGCCCCGCAGCCAACUCCACAAUGGCGUCGAGCGGUGCCAUGUCAGCAGGGGGUGCUGGAGUACACAACAACCACAGUAAUAACAACAAUGGCGGGACCCCCGAGGGCACGAGUCCAGGGACACUCAGCAUGUACACCAGCGACUCGCCAAUCAGUUACCAUGACGAUGAGGAAGAGGACGACGUGGCAGACGAGAGCGCCGAAGAACAAUACAGACAAAUCUGCAACAUGUACACCAUGUACAGCAUGCUGAACGCCAGCGCCGCAGUUGUUGGCGAGAGGGUGGAAGCUUUGCCGGACGUGGCCCCAGACUCCGCCGGAGGCAGAGGAAGUCGAGGAGCGCGCUCCAGGUCGGACCUGGCGUCGCUGCCUGCCGAGCUCAUCAGCCAGAUUGGGAACCGCUGUCACCCCAAGCUCUACGAGGAGGGGGACCCCGCCGAGAAGCUGGAGCUGGUGAGCGGGACGUCGGUGUUCAUAUCACGGGCUCAGCUCAUGAACUGCCACGUGAGCGCCGGCACUCGACACAAAGUUCUGCUCAGGCGGCUGCUGGCGGCGUUCUUUGACAGGAGCACUCUGGCUAACAGCUGUGGAACUGGCAUCCGUUCUUCAACCAACGACCCGAGCCGCAAACCCCUGGACAACAGAGUGUUGCAUGCAGUCAAAUUCUACUGCCAGAACUUUGCGCCGAGCUUCAAGGAGAGCGAGAUGAACGCCAUCGCUGCCGACAUGUGCACCAACGCCCGCCGCGUCGUCCGCAAGAGCUGGAUCCCUAAACUGAAACUUCUGAUGGCUGACAGCGACGCCUACUCGGCCUUCCUGGCCGACAACGUGAAGAUGGAGGCCGACGCGCUCGGGCCCGACCAGGGCUUCGACCCCGCCGCCCUGGAAGCCGUGGCCGCCGCCGCCAACAACGGCGAAAUCAGCGGAGGCGGGGCCACGCCAGCGGACGCCCUCCAGGAGGCCGGCGGAGGAGACGGCAGCACUUUGUUUUGAGUGAGUGAACGGACCAAUUUUAGAAAAAAAACACGGACUAGUGAUUGACAGAGGAGAGAAAGUUGGCCACUGUGGACAUGUUUUCACACUUUCUGUUCCUUUCUUUCUACUGUUAAUCUCAUUUUGUUUUUGCCUUUUUUCACCCUCCAGAAUUUUCUGGUUGUGUGUUGGAAAGAAGCAAGAAAUGAGAAGGUUCACCCCCCCCACUGCCUUCUCAUUCCUCGGCUCUCCUUCCGUUUCCAACGUGUUGGUCAGUGAAGCCCCUUCCAGCCACGCUCACUAACACUCCCCGGGGGCUUUUGGGCUGCACCUUUUUUAUUGUAGCUUCUCUCCCUGAGCCCCGGCAACACUGUUUUGAUAAUGAAUGUAUGCGUGGAGGCGGGUGCGACUGUACAGAGCAUGUUUUCUAUAUUUUUAUUUUGACCUGGAAGAGGUCGGCUUACGAUUAUCAAAAUGUAUAUUGGCUCGGUUUAUGACCAAAUCCAAAAAUCCCAUGACAAACUGACUCAAGGUGAGUCCAAAAAAAAAAAAAAAAAAAAAAAAGCUGACGUAAAAGCACCACUUUAACAUCCUCCCCUGCUGUUUUGACCAGAAAUUUGGAUUCUUAUUUUGAGCUACUGAGAGAGUUUCUAGCUUUGUGUGACAUAAAUGCACUGUGGUAGUAUUUUCACGCGGUAUGAGUACAAUCAUCACACACGAGGGGCGCGAUAUGUUCCGGGAUAUAAAAAUAAAAGCGAGACAUUACCCUACAAAACUGCGGAUGACGGUUGAAGCGUGGCUCGCGAGCGCUCGGAGCCAGACGUGUAAGCAGCGAGGCUCAUGAAAGAGCGCUGGGCGGCAAGCCUGAGAGGGUUUCCCCGCUCUCUGCUGCCACUGAAAAGGUGCCAACUUAUGCAGCGUGGGAGACGUUUGAGUCGUCACACUGCAAAAGGGCUCACGCGCCGUGCCGUCCCUUCACUGGCGUCUGCAGAGAAGGACGCCAAACUAAACACGUGAAAUCCCGAACAGAGACAUCGGUUUUCAGAUUUGUUUGCCUUGAGCCCACGGCCACGACGCCACCAUCCCUGGUGUUUGGGCCGCCAUCCAAGGAGUGAGAAAAGCACACGAUCUCAACGCUGAAUGGUACCAAAAAGCCGCCUGUAAGGCGCCGUCAGACCCCUCCUCACCUUAGAGGACCAGUGUUCAAAUAAUGGUUUGUGAUGUAAUAUUUGAAAUGUUUGUGGCUUUAAGUCAAAGAACCUGUGACAAGCACCUUACGAUGCGUGGACCGAGACAAACAAGGGUUGUCUCCACUCUGGCCCCACUCUUUAGUACACAGUACGAAUUUCGGCGUGUCUGAUUGAAGCGUUGCACAUUGUUACAAAUGCACAAGGAGCGAAUCCAGUGUCUGACAGGCUCUGAAAAACGAAGUAGGACGCGUGUGAGCCAGCUUUAUAUACGGCUGAAAUCUUGCUUUUUCUCCACCGCAUUGCUAGUGUUGCUAGCUAAUAGCUAAGGACUUCCACCUGAGAAGCCAGUUUAUAAACGGUAUAAAUCGGGUGGAGGGUUCUUGGGGUCUUGUUCGCAAGUGAGGAUAGGAUGACCCGUGAGACGAGUCAUGAAGACGUCGUAUCGGACUGUUAGAACGAGCUGAGCCAAAUGGCUACUCUGGCCUGUGAUCGUAACACGAUCGUAAACAUGCCCAAGUGGGCAGAAUCUGCAUCAUCAGUGAGGAGGCCCUGGCGCAGACCCAGGACAAACAGAUGAAAUAUCAGUUGAAGGCGCUGGGAAUAUGGGCUUCUUUACUUCAGCGUCUGCCCCCUCGACCUCGGAGAAGCUGAUGAACCCCUCGACUACUUGCUAGCAUGUGUUAGCAUCACUCGCAAUCCAAAGUCGAAAAAAACCUGACAAUCGGAAAGAAAAACACUGUUUUCGUGACAAAGCUUUGUCCAAAUCUUUUUUUUUUUUAGAUCUUUUUAAAAUCUAAAACGGUACAUCGGCGGUUGUUGCUUAACCCUGUUGGUGUAGGGAAUCGAACCUGCCACUCAAGAAGCGAGGAUGAACUCGGUCUAAUUUGGUGGCGCUUCAGUUGUGUGAACAUGAAUCUGUUCAGAUUUCACCUUCAACUUCUGAAGUUGUUACCCGAGUCUUAGCGGUGAACGUGUGACAGACGCUCAGAAACGGGGAGUGUGACCAUAUAAGGCGACCUCACAUUUUAAAAUGCUUUUUUAUACAUUUAUGAUCUUUAUAUUAUUGAAGCAAAAAAAAAAAAAAAACAAGUGAAAGUCUCCGUCAACAAACCUUAACAGGAGCAGUCAACGCGAGUCAGGCGCCAGGAAAAUCAUCCACAAUGGCGGCAUGAGUGUUAAAAAGUGUGUACACAAACACUGAGGCAUAAUGAGGACGGUGUCUAACACCCUGGGCAGACGAGUGAAGGUUAUUUUGAGGAGCAGAGAAAGAGAGGAUGGCACUUUUGCCGGAGUUUUAAAAAUAAUUCCGCUGCUUUGUUUCACGACAACAUCCUGAAAUUAAAACUGGUGCGAGAUAGAGGGAUGAGGAGGACUGUCUCCCUGGAGAGGAGGGACGGUGAACGGAGGAGGAGGAGGGAGGAGCGGUGCGCUUGGAUGAUUCCGUGUGAAUGCCUCUGUAUACUGUAUGUGUAUGCGCAUAUUAAUGUAUGCUUUUUUUCUUCUCCUCACUUUCCUUCAUCUCCAUUUAUGGCAUGUUGGACUUAAAAAGAGGGAGCGAGCUGUGUGUGUGUGAGAGAGUCCGUCUGGGUCUGAACGUUGCAUACGUGUGUCUGGCUUCACGCGACGACUGCGCAUGUCUGUCGCUGUGUGGGUGGUUUGGUUGCUUAGCCCUGCAAGGUCUGUAGAUGUAUGUACGGGUGUGUGUUUGAGUGCGAGUGGGUGGUAUGUGCACAAAGGUUGUUUGUCCCUCACAGACACACAUCUGCACGACAUCAUUAUCGCCCGAUCUGACAUUUACAUCUAAUCCAGACGAUCUGCCGCUGAACGUAUUUCCCUUUUCACGGCGGACUGUGCGCAGGACAGUGUUCACAAACUUUCCUCCUCCUGCUCCUCCUCUCCAUAUCCUCUUCUGCCCUUUCAGCAUUCUGUCUGCUCUCUCCGUGUCCCCAUAUGUCUCCCUCUCCCACUCUCUCUGCACAAACACACCAGUUCUUAAGAAGCAAAAUCCUGUCGCUUCAUUAUGCCAGCCAUUAUAUUCUACCCACUGCUGCCUCAUAUUUGCCUCCUUUAAUUCAAAUCCCCGGCACUGUGUGUGCGUCGCGUGUGUGUGUGUCUAGCAACAAAUCGAGCCGCCAAGUAGGUUGCUGCAUGUGUGUGCAGGCAUACAUUUCCAUCCAAGUAUGCAAAUAAACAGGCGUGAAUGUGCCCGAGUGUGUUUGUGCAUGUGUCGGCCUCCCUCCUCUGCCAUUAGGAUUCAGUUUUCGUCUGUUUACCGCACCUCCAAAUCACCGGCCCAUUGAUGAGGACGACCCGUCUGCCCCUCCCGACCGUCCCCGUCGGCGCUGGCAGACCAAUUAAACCGUUCUUAUUCUGCAAUUAUUGACCUGAUGGCGGCAAACAAAUGGUUAAAAUGCCAUUAUCCUCCACGUGAAUAGGAAGGAGGAGGAGGUUGGGUCCUGAGCAGGAGAUGUUUGUUAAGAGUCUCCCAGGACAGAUGAGGCAUUGCGGCAGUCUGCCAUCACAUGAGCGAAGCCACAAUCCAGACAAAGAGUGAGAGAGGGAACUAAUGACAAAGAGGAGGAGGAGGAGGAGGAGGAGGAGGAGGAGGGUGGUGCGUCUCUCUGGCCCUGAGCCACCAAGAUGAAAUACCUGGGAGCUUUUCCUGUUCACAAAGUGUGGCAUUUACCAGACAGGCUGAAUCAACGACAGAUAAAUCAAUUACCAAUCCCUUCACGCCGUUGUUUGGAGGGAAAGACGGUUAGAAUUGCACUAUAUUUAGCGGAAUGUAAAAUAGCUUGUCGAGAAGAAGUAUUACUGUGUCUAGGGCGGAUGAACCACCUGUAAUGGAGCGCGCCGGAGUCUGAUGUUACAUUUGCAGAGGCAUUCAAACAUGCAAAUGUGUCCCAGUUUCGGGAACCGUCACAGGCUUGUGCGUUUUCGGAGCUUGUUGUUUUGUUUGCAUGGACGGGAGCGCGGCAGUCUGCCUUGUUAAAAACAUGUCCCUAUGAUCUCAACCUAAAUUGGAUCGUAACGGGAAGGAAGAGACGAGAAGUUCGAGGAAACCACCCCCCACCCGCGCCCCGUGGCUCCGACCACGAUCUGCAUCUGCCGGGUCGACACUCCAGGAGACAAUUACGGUGUCCACUUGGAUCGGUGCUAAGCCAGAUACCAACCCUCAGCCAAUUCUUAUCAGUCAUCGUUGACUUUUGUCUGGUCUGAGUCUCGCAAGAAACAAAGGCGCUCACAUGAUUUAGCUUGAACUGUUGUGGUGCGGAACAUCAUUACACUGAAAGAGAACAGGUUGCAUCUCUUUACCAAGUCCAGAAACUCACGUUCCACUUGUGUGUUACGACUACGUCCACCAACAUUUUGGUUAACUUCCUGGCGACAUUUCACAUCAGAUUAAAUGAAUCCUACGACAAAAUCCUUUUACCAGACUAAGAGCCCAUUUCAAAGCUCUGCCUCACUGUAUAGUUGACCAAAAAGGAGAUGGGGAUAGAAUACAUGCUGUUUAUGACCCUGAUCUACUACCUUGCUGGGAACAAUCGCAUAAUGCUCUUGUUUAAAUACAGAAACCACAUGCUGUUUGACAUCCACGGAUGUCACAGAAUGGAGUGGUAGCUAAAGCUACUGCUAGUCCUGGCACGACAGAGUUCCGUAUUUAAAUCACCUCUAGAAAUAUGAAUUGAUCACACAGUGAAAACACGGAUGAGUUGACUGUUGCCUUCCACCAAACUUUUCGUGCCGUUUGCACUCCAAAAGCUUGAAACGGCUACGUCUUAACGCCCUGUACUGUAGCCCAAGCUAGCAGUGACUCCAAUGGCGAACAAGUGUCAAUAUUCUUGCUGAACUCAACAAAAUACAUUUGCAACACAGUUGUACAUGUGAAGGUUUCACGGGGCCAGAACAGAUGUUUAUUAUGUUAUAUUUCAUAGCGGUUUCAGACCAUGUAAACAUUUCACGUCAUAUUUUUUAUUACAUCUCUAGUCGUUUGUUAGCGAACUUUAGACCUUUUUUUUUUUUCAAAAUAUCGUACUAAUAACGGAACAUUAACGAGUGUACGUAGUUUCCGAGGAAUGUAACAAAGUGGCGGCGCGGUUAGCUGCACGUUAGUUUAGAGAAAGAGAACCACAUAUUUUUGCUUCACUGCAUGCAUGAAUGGCUGUGAGUGGAGGGGAAGGGAGCACGGGGUUUUACCGACGCGAGUCGGGAAGCAGACGGAAGAAGCGGUGGGUGACUGUGAAAAUUCCGCAUGGCUCACUCCGUUACGACGAAAAAGUCUGAAUGUCUGUCCAAAUAAACACUGAUGAAUUCGGGCGGUUUGCACACCAGGGGGCGGUAGAGGGAUUCACUACAAAAUGACUGCCUUUCAGUGAUGAAAAAUGUACCACAUUUGUGAGUUGCACCUUGGUCCUGCAGCCGUUCCCUGGUGUGCAAGAGUUGUUGUUUCUAUUGUCCCGAGAUGAUAUAAAGCUCCGAUCGCAAUCCACCUAAAGUUUGUUUACUUGACCUGGUCCUGCACCAGCUGAACAAAGAAUAAGCUAUCUGCUGCUUGAAUGUCGAUUUGUGACAAUCGCCCGUGGUGGUCAGAAGCAGCCACUACAGCCAAGUGAAAGUGGAGGGGGGGGGCUGUAGUGGCUGCCAGCAUCCACAAGGAGGCGCUAUCCCUGAACACAGUGAUCUUUCACACGCAAUGAUUGUAACCCAAUCCAGUCUUGAUCACUGUAUGUAUGUCAGCACCUUAAAAUGCGAGUGGAGCGUUCAAAAAAAGGGCCCAGGAUCCAGAGGGCUGCAGCCAAACCGAGUCGGAAUAUUGACCCGACUUCGAUACUAGAGCCGUGCGGCGACUCCACCAGCUUUGAUCGUCUGCUUCCCACGCCCGCCGACCCACAAACAGAUUUGACCAGUAGAGUCGAAACAAGAAGCACCUUGGCAAGCAGGCGCCCUCUGCACCUUUCUGAGCACGCUCACUGAGUCACCUCCUGUUUGUGGCUCUGUUGCUGUUGUUCUCAAUGUGAGGGUUCUUUUUGUACGUAUUAUUUGUUCGAUCUAUUUGUACGAAUAUUCCCUUUUUUUAAUUUGUAUGUUUUUCUCUUUGCUCUUUAUUACCGUGACAAAAAAAACAGAUUAACCUUUGACCUACAGGUGCUAUUUAGGAGGGUUGCGAGAGAUGUGGAAACUGGUUUGGGAUGAUUGGUAUAUACACCAUGGUGAGCUGUUUCUAUUCAUUGCCAAAUGUAUCGUGCCACAAUGAGUUGAGCCGGUCAACAAGGGACAUUUACAAAUAUUGCAUGUAUUGUAACAAGAAAAAUCCACCCCGGAACCGUCUCAAAGCUGCUGAGGGAAAACAGAAGCAGGAAUAUUCCGACUCGUCCAUCAGUCGGAUAUGCACUGUGCAAAUCUGACAACGGUCGUAGUUGAUCAAAUAGUGUUGUAUUAAUAUUUAAUAAUUGAUGAAGUUAUUGGUGUGAGUUAUUAAAUGAAUUAAUGUGUUUCUAUUAACACAAACACAAAGUAAGAUACAUACAUUUGCUACCAAUUACAGCAAAACCUACGUACCCAUUACUUCAAAAAUAUUUUUGUAAAACUGCAAAUAAAACUAUUUUACAGUUGUUAGCGUUUAAUCCACUCUCAUUUGAGGCGUCAGCGUAUUGAAGCUGCAACUUUCCAAUGCUCACAUUCAAACCAAAGACCCCAGAUUUUACGAGUGAAUUACUGUCUUGUGACGCUUGUGCAGUUGACCUGACAACUUGUUUUGUUAGGCGCUGAAUUAUAGCAAACAUCCGUCUGAAAAAGCACAUCGUUUCUGGUGCUACAGGCUAAAAUUGAUAGACCAAACUAUGUUGCAGGCCACAAAUAGAAGUUCUGCCUGAGUUAAGUUUGACCAUGCUGGAGCUCUCGCAGUGCGUCUCCGGCUCCUUGUUUGAGGCCAGCAGUCCUUCAAAUCAUGGACCGCAUCGCUGACCCUUGUGCCACAUUAGUUUCCAACGCUCACUUGUUUUUGGAAAAGGGGUGGAUUCUUCUUGAGUUGAAUUCCUCAGACAUGUUUGUGAAAGAACCUCGGAAUCAAUGGAGGAGUGCAGGAGGGGCCGUUCGAUAUCUUAGCACCCUGAGGUGAACCAGCCACCUUCCUCCUCCUCGCUACUGCAGUCUAACCUCGUCGCGAUCCUCGACCAUCCGCCCCCUGGCGCUUUACAAAGACACACAAACCUCCACACUGUCUCACUCCAGAAACAACUAGCCUCAUCUCUGACUAUAUAUAUAUAUAAAUACUGUGUAUGUAAAGGACAGGCAAACCUCUGAGAGACGACUCAUUGAUGCAGUUUGAAACGACAGUACCAGUUUACCUCGGGAACCCUCAGCCAUAGCGGACCAUAACCCCACAGGGACCUCAGUGCUGGAAGCAGCUUCCUCACCUCGAUUGUAAAGCAGGUACUCACUUCUUUUGUUGUUUUUUUCAGGAACAAAUUUGAGGCUCUUGGACCCUUAAAAUGCACACAGUUGCAUUUUUGGGUUAUUUACAGUCACCGAGAGUCAACACUUACCUCAGAUUCAUGCUACACAAAACAUAACAGCAACCACGAAUGACUCUUUUUUUGAAUUAGCUUCCAUCACUUCUGGUGUGUUUGGGUUCCAACUUUUUUUUUUAAAGUCAGUGUCCGCUAUAAAUAUAUGACCUGUAUAUUACCAUAUAGCACUAUCGAAGUUGGAUUGUUAGAUGUGCACUCGCAGCAUGAGGUAUUCUUUAUAUUCUUCUUACAUCAUAAGAAUAACAAGCAAAAAUCACAGCAUUUUAUAAGCAAAAGAAAAAAAGGAAUAAAAAUAAUGCAGUUGUGUCUGACGUCGUUGGACAUACCUGACCUGGCAACACUCAUCACACGCCCAGCCUUGCCCUCAUCCACCCUGAAGCCCCGUACCCAGUGUCCAGCCAGUGUCCCACACCCCCUCGACACCCCCAAUGUGUUCCAAGUGCCAAUAACUUUGUGAAUUCUUAACUGUGACCCAGAAAAAAAAACGAUUGCACAUUAAACUACUGUAAAGAGAAAAAGAAACCAGACUGAUUAAAAAUGAGGAAAAAAAAAACAUCUCGAUCUCAAUAAAAAUGUUUGUAUGGAACUGGACUGUUUUCUUUACCUGACAAGUGGGGGAGUUUUGCCGCUCGUCUCUGCAGUCUUCAAGUUGUCUAGGUUUGGUUUAGGACCCUGAAAAACACAGGAUGGGGUCAAGAAGACAGCUCAAGUUACAUAGCUCACCUCCAUGAAGAGAACUGUUUAAGUACAUAUGGAGAACAGGCAGUUGCUACCACAAACCAGCCAAAGAUGAAGGUAGAGGAGGGGCACCAAUCACACCCCAGGUCACGUACGGUUUGAAACUGAAGCUGCGCAAAUAAGCACAGAGAUAAACAUUUGGGAUCCAUGGGUUCAGAGGGAGAAAUGUCUGCCAUGAUAGCCAUUUAAAAUUCACACACCAGCACAAAUUCAUUCAAAAGACUU